CAGGGAAGUCAGCUCAGUUGCGGCCCAUCCACUUCCGGGUUUUGCGUUCCGGGAGUUGCCUUCCACCGAGGCCGCAGUGGCUGCUGGACGCUGUAGUGUGUUCUCAGAGCCAGUGAUGAGUCACUAAGAUCCCCUGACGUCAGGCGCUGGGCGGGGCCAAAGGCAGACGCGGAAGCGGGUGAUGUAGUGGUGAAAAUAUCUGUUGAAUGUUUGACCCUCGUGUGCCAGGAGAACUGAGCAGGACCCAGAGCCCCAUCACGGUGCCUCCACCUCGCUCACUGAUACAUGAGAGACACAGUGACCAGAAGAUCCUGGAACUCACCAACAAGAUCAUUCAGCUGCUGACUGGAGAGGAGUGGGAGUAUAUAGAGGGACACAGGGGUCUGUACAAGGACAUCAUGACUGAGGAUCAUCCGCCUCACACACCACCAGAUUUACCUAAAGAUGCUACAACUGAUUGUCUAUCUGUGCAUAUGAAGGAGGAACCAGUCUCAUGUGAAGGAGGAAACCUCACAGACCCUGACAUGUAUACACCCACAGAUCAUAUAGAAUAUACAUCUGUUCAUAUUAAGGAGGAAUCAGAGUCUUCUGAAGAUGAGGAUCUUACAGACACCAUAAACUGUACACCCACAGACCAUAUACCGUUAGAUUAUAUCUGUGUUAAAAUUAAGGAGGAAUCAAACUCAUGCGGAGAAGGAAGUGUCUCAGACACUGAGCGUUAUAGUCUUCCAGAUCAUCCUCGUACAAAUCACUCAUCCACAAAUGCUGAACACUUCUGUACAGAGGACCAUGGUAAAGGUCAGAAAGGAGCCAGACGUUAUGCUUGCAGUCAGUGUGGAAAGUCCUUCACCUCUAGAGUCAACCUGGUCACCCAUGGAAGGAUCCACACCGGCGAGAAGCCGUUUACUUGCCCUGAAUGUGGCCGGUGUUUCACUAGCAAAUCAAAUCUCAAUGCUCAUCAGAAAUACCACACGGGGGAGAAGCCGUUCAGCUGCAAUGAAUGCGGAAAACGUUUCGUGGUGAAGUCCAAGCUUGAGAGACACCAAAUGAUGCAUGCAAGAGGGAAGCCGCACGUGUGCACCGACUGCGGCAAAUGUUUCUCCAGUCUGUCCAAUCUCAACACCCACCUCAGGUAUCACACAGAAGACAAGCCGUUCCGCUGUACCGAAUGCGGCAAAUCUUUCUUCCUAAAGUCGCGGCUUGUCCGGCACCAGAAGUGCCACACCGGAGCGAGGCCAUAUACAUGCGCCGAGUGUGAGAAAUGUUUCACCAUCAGCUCGGAUCUGGUUAGGCACCAGGCGGUUCACACGGGGAAGAAGUUGCCUUGUUCCGAGUGCGGGAAGUGCUUCACCAAUAACUCGGGCCUGGUCAGGCAUCUGAGGGUCCAUACGGGGAAGAAACCAUUUUCCUGCACGGAAUGUGGCAAAACUUUUACCAUCAAGACCACCCUGGUUCAGCACCAGAGAAUUCACACGGGAGAGAAACCGUUUACCUGCACCGUAUGCAGCAGAUGCUUUAGGCAGAAGAGCACCUUAUAUAGACACAUACAGACACACAGGUAGAACCCUUCUUGGUGAUGAGAUACAGCACGCAUUAUACCAUUCUUCCAAACCGGUUAUGCACGACAAAGAGAGAUAUGACGUAACCGAACAUUGAGGUGUAAGUCAUUAUGUAGCCUACAGGUGUGUUUUCAUACACUGGGCCUUCAAUUGAACCAAACAGCCCCCCACAGCGCACCAGGUUCCGGGCAACAUGCUCACGCUGAGCGUCUUUCUACCUCCAAAUGUGUGUUUUAAUCACAUAAAUGAAACAGCUGUGAGUGAUAAAAUAACAUUGCACUGACCAAUCUGAUGUGCUGCAUAUGUACAUCUAUGUGCGUUUGAGUCUAAAUCUGUAUACCAAAGUGCUGCAGCUUUUUCUCACGCCAAUUUCCUUUGUGUCUCAUCUGCAACUUUGUACAUGAUUAAAUCUAAUUCCUCUGUGGGUCAAGUAGCGUCUGUAGCACACUGUGGGGCAGAUGUAUUAAUCUGGAGAAGGCAUA